UUACGUUACGCGACUACGUCCAGUUUUGUAUGUGGCUAGCUGGCUACCGACAACUACAUCCAAGGAAACAAGACACCGUCGCCGAACCCGGACGAGCUAUUUUUUACGUACAGGCUAUAUUAUAUUUGUGUAUGAUAUUUGUAUAAGGGUUCCCUUUGCUAAAUCAAAAUUGGGAAUAUUCUGAUAACUGGAGUGCAAUGGCGGGAAAUGGCGAGAAACGAAGCGAGCCGCCCUUGAAGCGCUACAAAAAAGUGCCAGUUUAUGUAGUGGAGGAACACAAUGAUGCCUUACAGUUUGUUUACUCCGCCAUCGGAGGAAAAAAAUUGCCAUUGGAAGGAACCACGCUACUUCACUUCGACGCUCACCCUGACAUGCUUAUAGAUCGUAAAUUGAAGGGUGCCGAGGCCCGGGCUGGCAGAGAACUGUUGCCUUUGUUACAAAUAGAAAACUGGAUAGUUCCCGCGGCUGCGGCCGGACAUAUAGACCGCGUUGUAUGGCUACGGCCGCCUUGGGCAAAACAAUUCAAAGAUGGCUCUCGUGUCAUAGAAGUCGGCGAUCACCCGGUUAACGGCUUACUGCGCGUUAACAGCAAAGAACCAUAUUACAUGUCUGAUGCCCUCUAUUCUUCGAAACUCGACAACAAACGAACCUUUACCCUAACCGUAGCAGAAGUUCCCGACCCGAACAAUACAGAAGAUGAAACCGAUAUGCAAAUACUGGCUAAAGAACUAGCAAUAUCGCGCCCUUAUGUUCUCGAUAUCGAUUUAGACUUCUUUAGCACGGGAAAUCCCUUUCUAUCCCUUUAUGAAAAUAUACAACUGUACGAUCGCUUGGAGCCAAUCUUUGGAUUUAAAUUUCCCGAUAGCGACGAUAACGAAAAUGUAGAGAAAUUUGUGAAUUUACGUGAAAGGCAAUUGAACGAACUCGAAAACUUAUUCCAGCACCUCGAGGAACAUAAUAAUUUGGAGAAUUAUGAAGGUGAAAAGACGGAGACUUUUCAGAAAGUUUCAGAUAUCGCCUCUGCAGUGUUAUCCGAAGCUGGGCGGUUGGGCGAGCCACCGAACUGGUGGGCGGUGUACGCGGGCGGCUGCACGCGCGACCAGGGCGGGUUGCCGCAUCAUAUUAGCACAGAGGAGGAGGUGCGACAUAAAAUGGAUAAGAUCAUCAGACCAUUGUUGAAAGCUUUGCCGCCACCUGUUCUGGUGACCGUCGCGAGGUCCACUGACGACGGUUACUGCCCUCCGGACCAGGUUGACUACAUUCAAUCUUUAGUACUCCAUAUGCUUAAAGAAAUUUAUGAUACCGAUGAACCCGAAUAUUAUUAUUUAAAAGUGAACGCCGAAGAUUAACGAUAUUAUACAACAAUACGGAUAUAAGUGAAUUUAUUAUG